AUGCAGGGCAGGGAAGCGACGACAGGGAUGCUGCUGCUGCUAUUCGCGACCUUGUUCUUGUCGACCUGCGAUGGAAGCUGCGAGAGAGAAGCCUCGCCUCACACUGCAGCCUCCGUGAUGGAAUCAGCGCUUUUGAGCACGGGUCUGAAGGGGGCGCACAAGAUCCAGAGUCAUGCAAGAUUCUUGCACGAUCUUCUGAUCUCGACGAAUUGGACGGGACUCGAUCACAAGGCAGGCAGAAGUUUGUUGGAUACUUCCAGGCAUCAGUUGAGCAAGAAUUCUCUUGUGAAAGCAUACAAUGAUCUUGUACAAAGGGGAGUCGUUGAGGCGGAUCACUCCUUCAGUAGUUUGCUGAUCAGGAAGAGCUGUCGAUCAUGGUCUGGAGUGCUAGUCGUCACUCUCUUCACGGCGCCUGGUCCCUUCUCAUGUCCAAUGGACUGCCAUUAUUGCCCCAACGAGGUCGACGAGAACGACAUAGGUCAUAAGGUGGACAAGAUUGAAGUCUUAGUCCUUGGUGGUACCUGGUCAUUUUACCCUGAAGAUUAUCAAAAGAAUUUCAUUCGCGUACUUGAAUUCUGUGAGAGUCUUGUGCUUGAUUUUCAGUUCAAGGAUAUCUAUUAUGCUGCAAAUACUCUUGAUGAUCCACCACAAGAGAGGAGACUUCCAUUGGAGAUCAAAGAAGAACAGAAGAUUAAUGAAGGCGCAAGAUACAAAGUCAUCGGGAUCACUUUGGAAACGAGACCAGAUUUCAUCACAAGAGCAGAGAUUCGACGUUUUCGCAGCUAUGGAUGUACCAGAGUCCAGGUGGGCUUGCAGCACACGAACGACACGAUCUUAGAGAUCGUCAAUCGAAAAUGCACGCAUGCGCAAGGAAUGAAGGCGAUCAAGCUUUUGAAAGAUAACUGCUUCAAAGUGGAUAUCCAUCUGAUGCCUGAUCUCCCUGGUGAAAUUCACUUGUUUGAUGGGACAUUAUUUAUUUCUCAUUUAGGAGCCAGUCCCCAAAUCGACAGAGAAAUGCUUGAAAAGGCUUUGUUUGAUCCCGACAUGGAUGCCGACUACUACAAAAUUUAUCCUACAACAGUGACGCCGUUUACUAAGAUUGCACAAUGGUAUCACGAGGGACUGUACAAGCCGUAUGCGGAUAGAAAUGAUGGGACAGAGCUUGUAGAGCUGUUAAUAUGGUUCAAGCAGCAUAUUCAAGAGUGGAAGCGGAUCAAUCGCAUCCCUCGAGACAUCCCGAAUCAGAGUAUUCUGGGAGUCUUGAACAAGGUGGUGGAUUUGAAGGAAGCCGUCCUCGUUGAGAGGACUCACUUUUCGUCCGGUGGCUUGGAAACAUUCAUCAGCUUUGAGACUCCAAACUUUGAAACUUUGCUGGGAUUUGUAAGGUUGAGAAUCAACGGAGAUUCCACAUCCACCAUAUUUCCUGAACUUUUGGACGCUGCCUUGAUUCGAGAAUUACAUGUUUAUGGAGUUCUUGUCCCCACCUACGAGGACGACAAUCUCAUCAGGCCGCAGCAUGUUGGCUUCGGGCGAAGACUGAUGGCUCGUGCAGAGCGGCUUGCAUGGAAAGCAGGGAAACGGAAGGUAGCCGUGAUAUCCGGUGUGGGUGUCAGACAGUAUUACGCAAGCCUGGGGUACCACCUGGAAGGAGAAGGGGAGUACAUGGUGAAAUAUCUCAACGAGCACUCGGUACUCAAUGGCUUCGAUGAUGAACCUGCCUUUUCACAUUCCACAGCAUAA